AUGGCAGAUAAAGGCGGAGCCAAAGGAGGAGCAGGAGAAGAGGGAAAGGAAGGAGAAGAUAAAGAGCCAGAGAAAGGAUGUUGCGAUAAAUAUGCUGAAUGCUUAGUCGUGACUGGUAAAGCUGUCUACUCUUGUUGCCUGGCUAUUUGUACCUGUAUAAGAGAAUGUUUGGCAUUUAUUUGGUACCCAUGCAAAGAAAGAUGUUGCGGUUGUCUUGAUAAUUGUGACAAGCAUUACAAUUAAUGGAAGGAUGAAGGAUUUACAGAUGUAUGA